AAGGGAGUUUCUCCCUGGCAGUUAUAGGAGAAUGUAUUCCUGUUCAGGAGAGCCACCCAGGAAUGUUAAGCCUACUGCUUUGCUGCCUGUAGGAACAGUGAGGCUCCAAGAGCUCACAAGGAGCCCAGGCUGGGAGAUAUGCUAUAUUAAAUUGGAAAAGAGUGGUAAGACAGGCGACCAGCGUCUCACAGCCUCUUGAACAAUGAUACUGCGCUCAGGAUUCCAAGUGCCUUAUGAGAAGAGCCGGAAAAGACCUAGGAAAAACAAAGAAAAAAUAAAAGCUAAAACUAAAUUCUUCCAACAAAAGCAGAGUGAAACAUGUCCAUAUCGGAAUAAAUCACCAGCAUAUAAACUUCGUGAAAGAAAGAAAUGUUACAUACAGACAGAGGAUUCAAAAACCGUGCAUUUUGACCUAGAUGAGCAUGGCCAUCGUGAAAUAUCAGUCAAGGAUACAGCAUCUGAUGAAGAUAUCGCAUGGUUAGACAUAUUUACAAGCAGCGAACAAGAUAUGGUACAUGAAAAUGGAACUAAAAAGGGUUGUAAUGAUUUGGUGACCAUGACUCAGAGAUCAAAAUGUAAUCAUUUUCUCCUACUGAGUGAGAGCGAGAAACAACUAGAUCUGAAGGUCUUGAAUUCACAACCCAUAGGACUCAGCAUGGCAGCGUGCAACAAUGAGGAGGAGCCAGACGCCCAACAGCUAACAGAAGUGAGUCAAGAAAACCAGCUUUUCAUCAUGCAUAUGAACCCAGGAAAUUCAGUUAAAUUCCAGUGUUAUCAGGAUAAAAAUUACUUUCUUCAUGUAAAUAAGGACUCAAUUGAUGUUUGCAAGUUUGAAGAGACAGAAGCAGAUGCGGGGAAAGACUUUCAUUUCAAGGUUGAAUAUGUGGAGAAUGAGAUACAAAAUAGGAAUAAACAAUGUUAAGACCAUGUAGGAUUUAUAUCCUUAGCUUGUAUAACUUUUUCUACAUUCUUGUCUUAUUCAAGCUUGAUUUUGGUAUUAAAUAAGUACAGUGCCUCAUUUGAGUACUGACUGGAGGGGUGGUUAGCUGUGUAGAUAAAUAAUUGCUUGGUAUAUUGUUGUCUGGGGACUGUAUUUUAAAGGAGCUGGGCUGGAAAGGGAAGAAUACAAGAUCAAACAUCUGAAAAAUGUGAGGAGGAAGAGAGAAAAAUUUAUAUGUAAAGGUUAAUUAGAAUUCAUUUCAUAUUUUGUAAUAUGGAACUCUUACACAAACUAAUUUAACCCAAAGAAAAAAUAUUUGCUAGCAUGUACACCUUAUACCCACAAUAACCAACAUUAGGGAGGGUUUACGCAAGCAUUUGGAGCUCUGAAAGGAACAAAGGAAGAGGGCUGUUAGAUCAAGGCUAUGCAGCAGACCUAGUCCAUCUCCUUUACUCCCAAAUUAAUAUAUUUCCUCUUGUAUGCAACUUCAGUGCCCUUUUAUCUUUGCAGCCCUGCCUAAAAUCCAGAUAUAUUCCUUGAGAAUCAUACUGUAUUUGCUAGGGGAGACAGAGAUGUCAGACUGAUAGAGUGUCACAAGAGGACAUGUUCUCUCUGAACACUUGCCUAGACUGCUCUCAUCUCUGGAUCUUGCAGGGAAGCACAAAAGAGGAGGAAACCUUUGGUUCAGCUAUGAGGAGAAACACAAAACAGUAACCUAACAAAAACAAAAUAUUCAAAAUGACUAAAUAUAAAAAACUCAAGCUGCUUAUGGUAGGCUGGCAGCAGGUGUAAUGGGAAGUAUGGCCCCUCUGCAACAGCAUCUGUGAGCACAAUGACGUUAAGUCUCUGCUCUUCACAUGGCUCAUGAUGUUCCAAGCAGGCAAAGGAACAAACCAAAAAUAUAAACUGCUGCAUCUGUGUAUGGUGGGUGUGAUUCUGGCAUUGCCCUGCACUUACUCAUUUACCUUGCCGUAAAGUGUGUGUAAAACAAUUAUUUUAUUUAGCAGCAUUUAAAAUUAUUUUUCCCUGGUGUAAAUGAUUUCACAAGAAUACAGAGCGUCAGUGAAUUUAGGCUUUACAUAUAUAAUACCAGGCACCUUGUCUGCAGGUCUGUGCCUGGAACAGUCCACAGGCUCCACAACACUUGUAAUUCUCUAAUGCAGACAAGACAUCAAAGUUGUGUGAUUCCUCAGCAUCAGAAAUGGAAUUUGGUUUUCCCCCAUGACCAAGUAGAGCACAACUGCUAAGCUAGUCCCUGUUGUAUUUUUCAAAUAGUGUGAAUAACUAACUGACACAUGAGUAGCUACUAUAUUGCCUGGUAGUGAAUUAAACUAAAUGGCGGCUUAAUAAUGUUUCAUGAUUAUGCAUUUAUUUUGAGGGAAUAGGAAAGAGAAUAAAUAAAGGCUCUAAUUCAGUUUGAAUAUGGGAGUAUUGCUUUCAAACAGAUACUUUACAUUGUCUGUCAUUUUAGAGUCUGUUCUGCCACUGAUUAAUACUAGCAGUGUGAUGCUCACUUGUAUACAGAAUGCUCCCUCCAGUGGUUAAAUGGGUGAACAUCUUACACGGUCCACUAAAGUCCAUUAAAAGAGCCUCCUUAAAAUCUGGUCCUCAGUGGGAUUUGGUUCUGGGCCAUAGUUAAAGCUUGGAGCAUAAUGUCAUAUGUAAAGACUGUAGGUAGCUUGAAAUUGUAUUGUUUGCAUGAAGAGCCUUACAUUCUGUAGUCUUAAAAUAUCUAACAGUCGAGUCUUUUUAAAUAUAUCACUGCAUGUUAAAGGAUUUAAAUAUGGAAACCAGCAUUGGUAGUUUGUGUUAAGUUUUAGAUAUUGAAUUUAGAUAUAAUAGUUUCAUUUAUUAAUCUUCCAGAAAACAAAGGGUAACUUGCCAAGUCUAUUAAGACUGACUUUGAAAUACAAGUUCAUGGAAAGCAAGUGAAUAACAUUCUGAUCUAAUCUAUUCAUGUAGAACUAUAAUGCAAUGUUUUCAAAACCACUCAGUAAUUCUGCAUGUACAACCACAGAGACAAAAGGUUUGAUAUUCAGACAGGUUGAAGAAAAGCAAAUGAAAAACUGACUGUAUGGUCUCAAGUUAGUAGACACUUUUGAUAAUAUGGAACCUUAAAAUGCAUUUUAGAAGUGUAGUGCAUGCCACCAAAAGUGUAAUAUGAAUUUUUGUGACUAUUAUAGAUCUUUUUUGAAAAUAAGACUAUAUUACAAUAUUUACUUUGCAUGCUGUCAUUGUAAACAUCUAAUAUAAAGCUUUUAAUCUAAUUCAAAUAAACAUAUAUUUUUACUACAUUGUGAA